GGAGCCAGCGGCGGCGGCAGCGGCUGAGGCGGCUGCGGGAGCGGAGCGGUCGCCGGGCGCGCGGGGGGACGCCGGCUGCACUCCGGGGCAGGCGCUCUGCAAUGAGACAGUAAAUGCAUCCCCCGCGCACUGCUGUAGGGUAACACCUGGAUUGGGUUCCCAGACCCUUGGAUGUCUUGCUGCCCACAAAUUCCUGGAUCAACUUGUUGAAAACUGUAUUGCUGCUGAAGGCUUCUCAGAUGCUUUAGGAUAUCUUCAGGGAAAUCAACUCUUUACGUAAACUGAGAAUUCAGACAUUCUAAGUGAGAAUCUUCAAACCAUUUAGGAAAAUGGUGGCCCUGUCCUUAAAGAUUUGUGUCCGCCACUGCAAUGUGGUGAAGACCAUGCAGUUUGAACCAUCUACGGCUGUGUAUGAUGCAUGUCGAGUCAUUCGAGAACGGGUACCUGAGGCACAAACUGGCCAAGCUUCUGAUUAUGGGCUGUUUCUUUCUGAUGAAGACCCUAGGAAAGGGAUUUGGCUGGAAGCCGGCAGAACACUGGAUUAUUACAUGUUGCGAAAUGGGGAUAUUUUGGAAUAUAAAAAGAAACAGAGACCUCAGAAAAUCCGGAUGCUGGAUGGAUCUGUGAAAACAGUGAUGGUGGAUGACUCCAAGACUGUUGGGGAACUCCUGGUUACUAUUUGCAGCAGGAUAGGAAUAACGAACUAUGAAGAGUACUCUUUAAUCCAAGAAACGAUUGAAGAAAAGAAGGAGGAAGGGACGGGUACGCUAAAGAAAGACCGGACACUGUUGCGAGAUGAGAGGAAAAUGGAGAAGUUGAAGGCCAAGCUCCACACGGAUGACGACUUAAAUUGGCUGGAUCACAGCCGAACAUUCAGAGAACAAGGAGUAGAUGAACAUGAAACAUUGCUGCUUAGACGGAAGUUCUUCUACUCUGAUCAGAAUGUGGACUCGAGAGACCCCGUGCAGCUGAACUUGCUUUAUGUUCAGGCUCGGGAUGACAUCCUGAAUGGCUCCCACCCCGUCUCCUUCGAGAAAGCUUGUGAGUUUGGAGGAUUUCAAGCCCAGAUACAAUUUGGACCUCACGUGGAACAUAAACACAAACCUGGAUUCUUAGAUCUAAAGGAAUUCCUGCCCAAAGAAUACAUCAAGCAGAGAGGAGCUGAAAAGAGAAUAUUUCAGGAGCAUAAGAACUGUGGAGAGAUGAGCGAAAUAGAAGCCAAGGUCAAGUAUGUCAAACUCGCCAGAUCCCUCCGGACAUAUGGUGUGUCCUUUUUCCUGGUGAAGGAAAAGAUGAAAGGCAAGAACAAGCUGGUGCCUCGCCUGUUGGGCAUCACCAAGGAUUCAGUGAUGCGUGUGGAUGAGAAAACCAAGGAGGUGCUGCAGGAGUGGCCGCUCACCACGGUUAAGCGCUGGGCGGCCUCACCCAAGAGCUUCACCCUGGAUUUUGGGGAGUAUCAGGAAAGUUACUAUUCAGUACAAACCACUGAAGGAGAGCAAAUAUCCCAGCUGAUUGCAGGCUACAUUGACAUCAUCCUCAAAAAGAAACAAAGUAAAGAUAGAUUUGGAUUAGAGGGGGAUGAGGAGUCGACUAUGCUGGAAGAGUCGGUUUCCCCGAAAAAGUCCACCAUCUUGCAGCAGCAGUUCAAUCGGACUGGGAAGGUGGAGCAUGGCUCAGUGGCGCUGCCCGCCGUGAUGCGCUCAGGCUCCAGCGGACCCGAGACCUUCAACGUGGGCAGCAUGCCUUCACCGCAGCAGCAGGUCACGGUGGGGCAGAUGCACCGAGGACAUAUGGCCCCACUGACCUCAGCCCAACAGGCCCUCAUGGGGACCAUCAACACAAGCAUGCACGCUGUCCAGCAGGCCCAGGACGACCUCAGCGAGCUGGAUUCAUUGCCACCUCUCGGCCAGGAUAUGGCGUCACGGGUGUGGGUUCAGAAUAAAGUUGAUGAAUCCAAACACGAAAUCCACUCUCAGGUUGAUGCGAUCACAGCUGGAACAGCUUCAGUAGUUAACCUCACUGCUGGUGACCCUGCAGACACUGACUACACAGCAGUGGGAUGUGCAAUCACCACCAUUUCCUCCAACCUGACGGAGAUGUCCAAGGGUGUGAAGCUGUUGGCCGCUCUGAUGGACGACGAGGUGGGCAGUGGGGAGGACUUGCUCCGAGCUGCGAGGACCCUUGCAGGGGCAGUAUCAGACUUGCUGAAAGCCGUGCAGCCUACUUCUGGAGAGCCUCGACAGACAGUUUUGACUGCUGCUGGAAGCAUUGGACAAGCCAGUGGGGAUCUUCUGAGACAGAUCGGAGAGAAUGAGACCGAUGAGCGAUUCCAGGAUGUUUUAAUGAGUUUGGCCAAAGCUGUUGCCAAUGCUGCUGCCAUGUUGGUAUUAAAGGCGAAGAAUGUUGCCCAAGUAGCUGAAGACACAGUCCUACAGAAUAGGGUGAUUGCUGCUGCUACCCAGUGUGCGCUCUCUACAUCCCAACUUGUAGCAUGUGCCAAGGUGGUAAGCCCCACCAUCAGCUCCCCUGUGUGCCAGGAGCAGCUGAUCGAAGCAGGGAAGCUGGUGGACCGCUCAGUGGAGAACUGUGUCCGCGCCUGCCAGGCAGCCACUGAUGACAGCGAGCUCCUGAAGCAGGUCAGCGCAGCAGCCAGUGUGGUCAGCCAGGCCCUGCACGACCUCCUGCAGCAUGUACGACAGUUUGCCAGCCGAGGCGAGCCCAUCGGCCGCUACGACCAGGCCACCGACACCAUCAUGUGUGUCACCGAGAGCAUCUUCAGCUCAAUGGGCGAUGCUGGUGAAAUGGUACGCCAGGCCCGGGUCCUGGCACAGGCUACCUCAGACCUCGUCAAUGCCAUGAGAUCAGAUGCAGAAGCUGAAAUCGACAUGGAAAAUUCAAAGAAGCUCCUGGCAGCAGCAAAACUCCUGGCUGACUCUACUGCUCGCAUGGUGGAAGCUGCAAAGGGGGCUGCAGCCAAUCCAGAGAAUGAGGACCAGCAGCAGAGACUGAGGGAAGCUGCAGAAGGUCUUCGAGUGGCAACCAAUGCCGCUGCCCAGAAUGCCAUCAAGAAAAAAAUUGUCAACCGCUUGGAGGUGGCAGCUAAGCAGGCUGCAGCCGCGGCCACGCAGACCAUUGCUGCCUCCCAAAACGCAGCAGUGUCCAACAAGAACCCUGCCGCCCAGCAGCAGCUGGUGCAGAGUUGCAAGGCGGUGGCUGAUCACAUCCCCCAGCUGGUCCAGGGAGUGAGAGGGAGCCAAGCCCAAGCAGAAGACCUUAGUGCCCAGCUGGCUCUCAUCAUCUCCAGCCAGAACUUCCUCCAGCCUGGAAGCAAGAUGGUGUCCUCUGCUAAAGCAGCAGUGCCCACUGUGAGUGACCAGGCUGCAGCCAUGCAGCUGAGCCAGUGUGCCAAGAACCUUGCCACCAGCUUGGCGGAGCUGCGUACUGCCUCGCAGAAGGCCCACGAAGCCUGUGGUCCUAUGGAAAUUGAUUCUGCCCUGAGCACCGUGCAGACACUCAAGAAUGAACUGCAGGAUGCCAAGAUGGCUGCUGUGGAGAGUCAGCUGAAACCACUUCCGGGGGAAACGCUGGAAAAAUGCGCUCAAGACCUAGGAAGUACAUCCAAGGCAGUGGGCUCCUCCAUGGCACAGCUCCUGACCUGUGCUGCCCAAGGCAAUGAGCACUACACAGGAGUGGCCGCAAGAGAGACAGCCCAAGCUCUGAAAACACUGGCCCAGGCUGCGCGUGGAGUGGCCGCAUCCACAAAUGAUCCUGCAGCUGCCCAUGCCAUGUUAGAUUCUGCUCGAGAUGUGAUGGAAGGCUCCGCCAUGCUCAUCCAAGAAGCCAAGCAAGCCCUGAUUGCACCUGGGGAUGCUGAGAGUCAGCAGAGACUAGCCCAGGUGGCCAAAGCCGUCUCACACUCCUUGAAUAACUGCGUGAAUUGUCUCCCUGGACAGAAGGAUGUGGACGUGGCCUUGAAGAGCAUUGGCGAGUCCAGCAAGAAGCUGCUUGUGGACUCGUUACCUCCCAGCACGAAACCUUUCCAGGAAGCCCAGAGUGAACUAAACCAAGCAGCGGCUGAUCUGAACCAGUCUGCUGGGGAAGUGGUCCAUGCCACCCGGGGCCAGAGCGGAGAGCUGGCCGCAGCCUCUGGAAAGUUCAGUGACGAUUUUGAUGAAUUCCUUGAUGCUGGCAUUGAGAUGGCAGGCCAAGCUCAGACGAAAGAAGACCAGAUCCAAGUGAUAGGAAACCUCAAGAAUAUCUCUAUGGCAUCCAGCAAGCUGUUGUUAGCUGCCAAGUCUCUAUCUGUAGAUCCAGGAGCCCCCAAUGCAAAAAAUCUCCUGGCAGCUGCUGCAAGAGCUGUGACAGAGAGUAUCAAUCAGCUCAUUACUCUGUGCACCCAGCAAGCUCCAGGCCAGAAAGAAUGUGAUAAUGCCCUGCGGGAGCUGGAGACUGUCAAGGGGAUGUUGGACAAUCCUAAUGAACCUGUCAGUGACCUCUCUUACUUUGAUUGCAUUGAGAGUGUGAUGGAAAACUCCAAGGUUCUGGGCGAGUCGAUGGCAGGGAUUUCGCAGAACGCCAAGACUGGGGACCUCCCUGCCUUUGGGGAGUGUGUGGGGAUUGCGUCCAAAGCCCUCUGUGGGCUGACAGAGGCUGCAGCCCAGGCUGCAUACCUGGUGGGCAUCUCCGAUCCAAAUAGCCAGGCAGGCCACCAGGGCCUCGUGGACCCCAUCCAGUUCGCCAGGGCUAACCAGGCUAUCCAGAUGGCAUGCCAGAACCUGGUGGACCCCGGCAGCAGCCCGUCACAGGUUCUGUCAGCGGCCACCAUUGUCGCCAAGCACACCUCGGCCCUGUGCAACGCCUGCCGCAUUGCCUCGUCCAAGACCGCCAACCCAGUGGCCAAGAGACACUUUGUCCAGUCAGCCAAGGAAGUUGCCAAUAGCACUGCCAACCUAGUGAAGACCAUCAAGGCCCUGGAUGGGGAUUUCUCUGAAGACAAUCGCAAUAAGUGUCGCAUUGCCACCGCACCCUUGAUCGAAGCUGUGGAGAACCUGACAGCAUUCGCAUCCAACCCUGAGUUUGUCAGCAUUCCUGCCCAGAUUAGCUCUGAGGGUUCUCAGGCACAGGAACCGAUCCUGGUCUCAGCUAAGACCAUGCUGGAGAGUUCAUCAUACCUCAUUCGCACUGCACGCUCACUGGCCAUCAACCCCAAAGAUCCGCCCACCUGGUCUGUGCUAGCUGGACACUCCCACACUGUGUCUGACUCUAUCAAGAGUCUCAUCACCUCUAUCAGGGACAAGGCCCCUGGGCAGAGAGAGUGUGACUACUCCAUCGAUGGCAUCAACCGGUGCAUCCGGGACAUUGAGCAGGCCUCUCUGGCAGCUGUCAGCCAGAGUUUGGCCACGAGGGAUGACAUCUCUGUGGAGGCCCUGCAAGAGCAGCUAACUUCAGUGGUCCAAGAAAUCGGGCACCUUAUCGAUCCCAUCGCCACAGCGGCUCGGGGAGAAGCAGCUCAGCUGGGACAUAAGGUGACACAGCUGGCGAGCUACUUUGAGCCCCUGAUCUUAGCAGCCGUUGGAGUCGCCUCCAAGAUCCUGGAUCAUCAGCAGCAGAUGACAGUGCUGGACCAGACCAAGACGUUGGCAGAAUCUGCCCUGCAGAUGUUGUACGCAGCCAAAGAAGGUGGUGGAAACCCCAAGGCUCAGCACACCCACGAUGCCAUCACAGAGGCUGCCCAGCUCAUGAAGGAGGCUGUAGAUGACAUCAUGGUGACACUGAAUGAAGCCGCCAGUGAAGUGGGGCUGGUGGGAGGCAUGGUCGACGCCAUUGCAGAGGCCAUGAGCAAGCUGGAUGAAGGCACUCCUCCAGAACCAAAGGGAACAUUUGUCGACUAUCAGACGACUGUGGUUAAAUACUCCAAAGCCAUUGCGGUGACAGCUCAGGAAAUGAUCGGCUUCCAGAUUCGCACUCGUGUGCAAGACCUGGGCCACGGCUGUAUCUUCCUGGUGCAGAAGGCGGGGGCGCUCCAGAUAUGCCCCACAGACAGCUACACCAAAAGGGAGCUCAUCGAGUGUGCCCGCGCAGUCACAGAGAAGGUGUCCUUGGUGCUAUCAGCUCUCCAGGCUGGGAACAAGGGGACUCAGGCAUGUAUCACAGCCGCCACUGCUGUGUCUGGGAUUAUUGCCGACCUGGACACCACCAUCAUGUUUGCAACCGCGGGGACCCUGAAUGCAGAGAAUAACGAGACCUUUGCAGACCACAGGGAGAACAUCCUGAAGACAGCCAAAGCCUUGGUGGAAGAUACGAAGCUGCUGGUGUCAGGGGCUGCGUCCACACCAGACAAGCUGGCCCAGGCGGCCCAGUCAUCAGCAGCCACCAUCACCCAGCUCGCUGAGGUGGUCAAGCUGGGGGCUGCCAGCCUGGGCUCUGAUGACCCCGAGACACAGGUGGUAUUGAUCAAUGCCAUCAAAGAUGUAGCCAAGGCCCUUUCGGAUCUGAUUGGCGCUACCAAGGGAGCUGCCAGCAAGCCUGCUGAUGACCCCUCUAUGUACCAGCUCAAGGGGGCGGCCAAGGUGAUGGUGACCAAUGUCACCUCCCUCCUCAAGACCGUAAAGGCAGUGGAGGACGAGGCCACCCGAGGUACACGGGCACUUGAGGCCACAAUCGAGUACAUGAAACAGGAGCUCACGGUGUUCCAGUCCAAAGAAGUACCUGAAAAGACCUCCUCACCUGAAGAAUCCAUAAGGAUGACAAAAGGCAUCACCAUGGCGACAGCCAAAGCCGUGGCCGCUGGGAACUCAUGCAGGCAGGAGGAUGUGAUUGCCACCGCCAACCUGAGCCGGAAAGCCGUGUCAGAUAUGUUGACAGCUUGUAAGCAAGCCUCUUUCCACCCUGAUGUCAGCGAGGAGGUGCGCACCAGAGCUUUGCGGUACGGGACGGAGUGCACCCUUGGCUACCUAGACCUUCUCGAGCACGUCUUGGUGAUCCUUCAGAAGCCAAGCCCAGAACUCAAGCACCAACUGGCUGCUUUCUCCAAGCGCGUUGCUGGCGCCGUGACUGAGCUGAUCCAGGCCGCAGAAGCCAUGAAAGGAACAGAGUGGGUGGAUCCAGAAGACCCAACCGUCAUUGCAGAAACAGAAUUACUGGGGGCCGCAGCAUCCAUUGAGGCUGCUGCUAAGAAGUUAGAGCAACUGAAGCCAAGAGCAAAACCAAAACAAGCAGAUGAGACCCUGGAUUUUGAAGAACAGAUUUUGGAAGCUGCUAAAUCCAUUGCUGCUGCCACAAGUGCCCUGGUCAAAUCGGCCUCGGCAGCCCAGAGGGAGCUGGUGGCCCAAGGAAAGGUGGGUUCCAUCCCUGCCAAUGCUGCGGAUGACGGACAGUGGUCCCAGGGACUGAUUUCUGCCGCCCGGAUGGUGGCAGCUGCAACCAGCAAUCUCUGCGAGGCGGCCAAUGCCUCAGUGCAGGGACAUGCCAGUGAGGAGAAGCUCAUCUCAUCCGCCAAGCAGGUCGCUGCCUCCACGGCUCAGCUGCUCGUGGCCUGCAAGGUGAAGGCCGACCAGGAUUCAGAGGCCAUGAGGCGGCUACAGGCAGCAGGAAAUGCUGUGAAAAGAGCCUCAGAUAAUCUCGUUCGUGCAGCCCAGAAGGCAGCAUUUGGCAAAGCCGAUGAUGACGAUGUUGUAGUGAAAACAAAGUUUGUAGGGGGCAUUGCUCAGAUCAUUGCUGCCCAGGAGGAAAUGUUGAAAAAAGAACGAGAACUGGAAGAAGCAAGGAAAAAACUGGCCCAGAUCCGCCAGCAGCAGUAUAAAUUCCUACCCACUGAGCUGAGGGAGGAUGAAGGCUAAGGCCAGAGCCAAGAUGGCAUGCCCCAGGGGAUGGCUCUGCGAGAACUGGCCGAACAGUGUUCCUGAGACACUGGGCACUUACCUGGAAACUGCCCGCCUCCCCCUGGGGCCAACCCAGAGCCCUGCGUGCUCACUCACGUCUCUGUCCUGUAGGGCACCGGCUGCAUGAUCGUGAUGUCACACGGUACAGUGUCCCACCCACAGCUCCUUCGCCACCUCCCCUCAUGCCUCACCGGAUCUCAGGAGAGAGGGGCGCACGUUUCGUGAACUGUUACCAAAAAAGAGAAGUCAGUAUUACGUCGUUCUCAGACACUUUUGUUUUUGUUGGUCUUUCUCUAGGCCCCCCCCCUCCUGGGCCUUCUGGGAAAUUAUAAGAGGAAAAAAAUAAUGGCUUGGGGAAAAUCGUUGACAUCCUAGAUAUUAUCCUCCCUCUCAGGAGAAGAUGGAAGCUGGAGUUGGACACGGUUAAUAGAAGCCAGAAGCAUAAACCAGUGUGGACUCCAGGAGGACAACUCGGGUCCUUCUGUGUCUCUAGCACUGGCUCACCCAGAGGGUAGAGAAUUCCUACUCCCAUUUGCACGCUUUCUUGCCUCCGUGUGUAAGCUCCUUGUACAAUCUAGACCCAUCUUGUAUUCUGUGGCCCAAAAAAAAUGAACAUUUAUUUUUUCCUCCAUAAUCCAAAGGGCAGAAGUAUGGGGGACUGCCAGGGCUUGGUAAGCAGGGGUGGUAAUAAAAUGUGUGGGCUCCUUACUCUGCAGAGCUGUUUCAGUUCAUACAAAUUCACCCACACAAACCCACAUCCUCCAGGUGACCCUUUGCACAACAUCCCCCUCCUAAGCAUUCGAGGUGGGGACUCAGCUAGAAUAAAGCAAUUCCCUGGUGUCUCCACCUUCCUGGUCCUACAUUGGCUCCUCUGCUCUCAAAAUGGUUAGCUUUCAGGAUCGCAAGGCAUCUGUUUCAAAAUCUGUCACCUGUCCUGCAUCCCAAGAUGGACAUUUUUUUCUGUGUCUUGAUACUCUCAAAAUCUAGAUGCACCCUACAAUCAAUGUGAAUCUUUAACAAGAUAGUUUUGCUGACUCUUGUGUCUUAUGAGUAAAGGCACGUGGUGUUUCCAGAGUCUGUCUUCUGGAUGCCACACUUCCUAGAUUUAAUUUUUCCUUUCAGAGCCCCUCCCCCAUUUUUAAGGGCAUGGUAAGACCUUGAAUUUACCUUUAAUCUGAGCCUUUAAUCAAGACAGUACAUGAAGGACGAAUGACUGGUGGAAUAGGUCCUAAUGCCAGGUAGCCAGUGAUUUGGAAAGAAUUCAUGAGGGGAAGACAGUGGUAAUGGAGGUACAUGGGUUUUGAAGACAGCCAUCCUCCUGCUCUGCAGUGACGUGGUGUCACAUCUCCUUUCUCAUCCACAGAAUGGCUUCAGGAUUCCACCCAGGGUAAAAGUGGAUGCUUUGGUCCUCAAAAGGCACCACUUCUUUUAGGCCUCGCCCCAUGGUGCUGCUUCGGGAGACUCUAGCCCAUGUUGUAGUUUUAAAAUCUCAUUAAACUUAGGACAGCACCCCAUAUUUAUGAGAGACUUGUAAGUGCUACACAUAGAGAUGUUUUUCCAGAUAAACAGGCAGUUAGAGAAGAUAUAGUGCAAAUAAAAAGCAAGUGGGAAGAGUAUGUAGGGGAUAGGGGUGGGGGGGGUGGAGGCACCAACUCUGAAGAGGAGGGAGCCACAGAGCCCUGGUCUCUCGGAAAUGCCGGCACACUCUCGGCUCUCCCCGAGGGUAGCUAGUACAACCCUUCAUACCUGCCCUGGGAUAAAAACUGAGGGCUCCAUGGAUGGACGGGCACAGGGUGCCUUCUGAGGCUGUUAAUCAGACCUGAAGGCUCAGAGUCAAGGUGUGCUAAUGGCCUCAUGUAGCAGCACCUGGGGAGCCCCUCCUCCCUGUGGCCCACCCUCACUAUAUUCUCUUCCAGACUAUGAGGUUGCUUCUCCCCUUGCCCAUGUCCCCUGUCCCAUCCUGGCAUCCCGGGAGCCGGGCAGGUUUGGGCAAUGAGUUCUCUCUCCCUGCCUCGGAGUGGUUGAAAACUUCUACCGCACUUGACACAGCAAAACCUACCAAGACAGGCCAGAGGAGAGGCCUGUCCUUGAUGACUUGAGAGAGCAGGCAUGGAACAAAGUUUAUUUUUGUAGGACCUAUGUACAUAUGCUCCUGUCUCGAGUGUUCUGCUGCUAGGAGCUGGGGGAAGUCGGUUCCCAGUUCUCACUGGGCAUGAGGCUGGUUUUUCCUCUAUUCCUUUCCUUGUCCACACUGCAUACGUGUAUGUGAAUGGCCUCGUGGCUGCCUUGGUCUUUUCUCAUGUCAUAAAUUGAUUGAGAACUGUGCUUUGAGUGUUAUUUAAUAGGCACGUGACCCCAGAUGGCAUCAAGGGGGCUGCUGGCUCUUCUUCAAAGGGAGAUCAUGCAGAUAGGAGUUGCAUUUGGGGUGUGAGCUUUCACUCAGGAGCGUCUAACGAGGAGAUGGUUUCAAGGUAAAAAUGAUGCCAGGCCUGGAGCAUAGUAACGUUUCUCUCCAUGUGAAGGGAAAGCAGGUGUGGGCUGCCUGAGGGGAACUAUCACUGGGCUUCAAAGCCUUCAGCUCAUCUUCGUGCUUAGAAGCUUCUCUCUUGGAAGGUCAAGAAAGGAACCUGAACUGACUUCAGAACCGCUCUCAGUGAUGUGGGAGCCUCAGUUUUGCUUGGUGCUGCCCUUUAAAGAGCUUUGGGUAAGGAUGCUUAAAGCCACACUCAGUUAAGGACCAGCCCUUGUUCAAAUUCUGCCGGUGUCCCAGCAGGUGUGGCGAUGGUGGUUGGCGUGAGCGGUGUCCUGAGUCCUGGGCAGCUGUGUAGUCGGGUGUCAGGGGCCCUCAGGCCACCUGCAGAGGAGCCACAUGGCCUUGAGGGAGGAGCCACCUGAACCACAACAAAUGCUUUAUCACAGCAAACUCUUUGGGCUCCUCAGGGAUCUCCCAGUGUGCUGCUUGGGUGUUUCAUCGGUCCGUGAGUUUCUAGUAACCAAAGCCCGUUCCUAACUUAUCAAUGUGUUAAUACCAAAAUUCACCACCCCCCAAGAGAGUGAACCCCACCACCAAAGUGAUCCCUGGGCAGGGCAAUGGUGGUGAGCCGGCUGUGGUCUCCACUCCUGGGGGACUAGACUAGGGGUUCUCCUCAACAGUGAGCCCUACAACUCCCCCAGCUCUGAGGUUCUGGACUGUGGCAGGGCCUCUGGGGGUUCUGGCCUUGAGACCCCGGCACAGACUAUGAGCACGUUCAGCUCUCAGAUUCCUGGAGGAAGUGUCCCCUCUGCUGACCAAGGGAGUAGCCACCUCUGAGACUCUUCGGGGUACCAGGGAGCUGAGGGUAAACACAUCCUUCAAGCUAAGAGGCAGUAGCAUUCAGAAACCCAGAGAUCCUGACAGCUGUGCCAGGGGCUCAGUUCCAACUCCCCAAGGUCUCUUCAGGGUGGUGGCCUCAGGGGGAAGGUGUCUUUCACCCACAGGGCCCCCCAAGUAAUGACAUUUAAAAGUCCCUGAGACUACAGCUCCAUCUUUCUGAGCAUCUUCUUGGUAUGUUUAUGGUCAUUGGGAACGGGCAUGUGACAGAGCUUCUGUUGACUCAUUUAAAAAAAAGUGAUGAAGAGACAUUUCUGUAAAAGAGUUUGGGCCGUGGCCUUCCAGCACCCCCGUAAGCCACCAGUGUCUCAGUCACCCUGUCAGCUUUGGCAUCUCCUGGGUCCACAGAGCACGAGGCUGGGUUUCCCUCGGCCACCUUCUCACCUGGCUACAAAAUGUAGAAGCAAACAGGAAAGUUAAGCUCUGCCCCAUGUCAUAAUGUCUUUAUUGAUCUGAUCGCAUAAAUUAUUUUUUUUUAAUUCACCAGAAAUAAACUUUUAAAGGAA